CCGGGUUAGUUUAACUGUCAUUUCCGUGAGGGCGCUCUUUUACGUACGGGUUCUUUCCGAAAAGACCGUACACCAGAUCGUCGGACGAAAAUCCGUAUUUAUUCGCGUCAUCUUUAGUCUUAGGAAGACUUAAAUAUGGUGCAAAAGAAGCCCAAGAAGAAGGUAACGCGCAAGAAGGUGGCUGCAGCGCCUUUAGCGACAAAAACCGUUGAGCAAAAGAAAGUAACAAAUCCCCUUUUUGAAAAAAGAUCCAGGAAUUUUGGAAUCGGUCAGGAUAUCCAACCUGUUCGAGACCUCUCCAGGUUUGUUAGAUGGCCGAAAUACAUUCGUAUUCAAAGGCAAAAGGCUGUUUUACAAAAACGUCUCAAAGUUCCACCUCCAAUUAAUCAAUUUACUCAAACGCUUGACAAACAAACAGCUACACAAUUAUUUAAAAUCCUUGAAAAGUACAGAGGAGAGACUCCUUUGCAAAAAAAGAACAGACUAAAAGCUCAAGCUGAAGCUAAAUCUGCUAAAAAGGAAGAAGCCCCAGCGAAAAGGGCAAAUGUUAUCAGAGCUGGUACCAACACAGUUACUAAACUUGUUGAGCAAAAGAAAGCUCAAUUAGUUGUAAUUGCUCAUGAUGUUGAUCCAAUUGAGCUCGUUUUAUUCCUACCUGCCCUUUGUAGAAAAAUGGGCGUUCCAUAUUGUAUUGUUAAAGGAAAAGGCAGGUUGGGUCUUUUGGUGAGAAGGAAAACCUGCACCAGUUUAGCUCUUUGCCAGGUUGACUCUGGCGAUAGGGCGAGUUUCAAUAAAUUGAUUGAAGUAAUCAAGACGAACUUUAAUGAUCGCGGCGAUGAAAUCAGACGUCACUGGGGCGGUGGUAUUCUUGGGUCGAAAUCUGCAGCGCGUAUUGCUAAGUUGGAAAGGGCCAAAGCUAAGGAAUUGGCUCAAAAACAGGGCUAAGGACCUGAUUAUUUUAUUUGUAUAGACAGGUUUUGACAUAAUAAAAAAAAUAUUGAAAUUAAA